CUGUCUCCUCAGCUGUGGAGCAGUUAAUUGAGGCUCUAGCUGCUACUGGGAAGCCCCACCAGCGCUGCCUCUGGAAACCAGACCCACGCAAAGAGGCAGCAAAGACAGACAGGCAGACAGAGAAAGAGAGACAGAGAGAGGUGGUGGCGGUGAGGGGAAGGAAACCUCUUAAAUAUAUGCAGACAGACAGAGAUUUCUCUUUCAAAAAAGGGACUUGCUAUACCAAAUACAGCCAGAGAACCCAGCAAAGCAGCCUCACGAUGUCAAGAAAGCAGAGGAACCACAUGGAUGAAUGCUACAGCCACCCAGCCUUGUUCCAAAUCUGCACGCAAGAAGUUGAGAGCGGCGGCAGCGGCAGCAGCAGCAGCUGUGGCAGUUCAAAGGUAAGGGGAAAAGCAAACCAGCCGGGACUUAUCUCCCGUUUGCAAAGCAGCCGGGCGGACGGAGGGCAGCGAGCGGGAAGGGUGCAGGGCGCGGAGGGCAGAGCAGCAGCAGCAGCAGCAUCUCGGAGUAGCAGCUCUCCCCGAGAGCAAAGCUGCCACAUUCGUGCGGUUUUUUUCCCCUGGGAUGCUCUUUUUUAUUUUAUUUUUGCGCGCUCCGUCUCUUUCUCUCGCUCUCUCCCGUCGCUCCGUGGGCUCUCGAGUUCACCGAAGGACACACCGAUUGCAGAAAAAGAGAAGCCAAUAGCUGGAGUCCGGCCGGGGAUGGGGAGCCCGUCUUGGAGAAGAAGCACAAAAGUUUCUGCGCUCGGCUCCCGAGAGCUACGCGAGCACUUUUCCAAGUCCUGGGCUCCUUUGGCCACCCACAACUUUGCGCACUCUGCCUCGGAGUUGUGCGGUCCGUCUCCCCGCCCCGCCGCCUUGCACACCUUUUUUUGUGUGAGGCGGUUUUCCCCUUCUCGCAACGGCUGUGCAAGCGUUUUGCAGAAAGUUCGCGCUGCAAAGGGGACCGGCUGCACGGAGCGAGAGUUUGCAUACUUUUUUUAAAAACCAACCAUACCGCACAAACACACACAACUUUCGGUGGGCAGACUUCGGGUUAGCGGAGCAGUCGGGAAAAACAAACCCCCUAAGACCCCCGUUCUGCAAUAUUGGCCUGGUGACGCUAGAGGGACCCCGAGGGAUGGGUCAGAGUCCCCUGUUUUGGACUCCUUGCAAAGGUUUGCACUCUUCCAGCUUUUGCAAGCGUCCAGCUCCGGGAACAUUCCUGCGCUGUAGGGGCUGGGGGCUGCAGGACUGUUAAUACCCAGAGCGAUGAAACGGGAGGCAAUUUCACGGGGAAGGGGCUGGUAAAUCUCACUUGAAGGCGCGGGCUGCACAAUACACAACGGAGAGUUAGAUCUGUCAAAGGAGACGGGAGGCAACCCUCCACUCCUUCGUCACUUUUAUGAAUGGAGGUGUUGCUGCUGGCCAGAAAUUGUUUUGCAAAAGCUGUGCGCCUCGUUUUCUGCCCUUUGCCAUUGUUAUUACUGUUGUUACUUUUAAAAAAGCAACCUAGGGACAUUUUUGUAUGCCAAGGGUCUUAAUUGCAUUUAUGGUGCUUUGAAAUUAAAUAGCCGGUAGUCCUCAGGUUGUAUGUGGACCUUUUGGGUGGAGAACCGAAGGUGCCCUUUGUAUUUUGCCUGUGGAGAAGUGUCGAGAUGAAGUUAGGCGUAAGUCCUCCUACAUGUGAUUUGGAGAUCUGGAUUGCAAUUCUGUGCACAGGGACAUGUAAGGUCAUGUACUUGUUUGCUGGACGGAACACUAAGUCGUGCUAUUAUUAUUACUGGUAUUAUUAUUACAAAAUUAUUGCCUGCUUUUCUCAAGCUGCUUAGAAGUGGGGAGGGGGUGUUUGAAGAUUUGUGCAUUUUGUAUGAAGAACACACAGUUCCUUAGUCCUGGCAGUUAAAUUCACUUCUUAAAAAAAACACUCCAGCAUGUUAGGUCUCUGAGGGAUGAAAACACUGAGAAGGAGGGGUGUGGGGAGAAAACUGGAAAAUAAAGCCCAAAACUGACCGAGAGUUAACUGCUGGCACAUGGCCUUCUACUUUGUAUAGAUUAUUCUUGUUGUUAUUCCCUCUCCUUUUCCUUUUCUUUUCUUCCAACUGCUUUCCCCAGAAGUAAUUGUUUUUGAGAAACUUGGAAAGGUUUUAGCACUCUGCUGAGCUGGAGGGAUUUGGGUGACCUGAGGAAACUGUAGUUUUCAACAUAACUGUACCAGCAGAUGUGUCUGAACCGCUUUCAGCCAGGAGUACGCUGACAGGGUUCCUAAUCUGUGGCUUAGAAUGCUGAGUGUUUAAAAAGAAGGAAAGGAGGAAGGAGGAGUGGGCGGGGGAAGGUUUGCAUUGGUGGUUUUAGCUGAGAUAGUCGUAGGGAGAGAAGAGAGCGAUGCUUCAAACCCUGCGGCUGGUGCUUCACUCUGCCCUACUGUAGACGACUGUUUACAACUCACUUCAGCACCACUAGUGUUUGUCAACAGUUGUUCAGGUUUCGGGUUUUUUCUCUUUACCCCAAGAGAUUUUAGCCAGCCAUGGCACAAAAUACUGUCUCGAGGGGAGACAGUUGAGUUGAGGGGUGUGUGAGGGAAAAGGGCUUCCCUUUGCUAAUAUCCAGAUCUUUAUUGGGGAACAUGCAACGUAGCUUCUUGCAGAAAGAGACAUCUUCUUCGCAACUUUCUUUAAAGUGAAAAGCUGUUUACCUGUGGUUUGCACAGAAGGCUGUUACUAGAAUAGUUCUUUCUGACCUGUUGAGUGAUCUACAGCAGCUCAAGGGAGAUCAAGGGGAGUUUACAGUGCCGUCUCAGGCAGCCAAAAAGCACUCAUCUUUUAUGGUGCAAAUAUUUUCUUAAGCUGUCUGUGGAAUGGGUACAACAGAGGCAUUGCCUGCGGGGAGUAGGGACGGAGGGGGGGGGGGAAAUGACUUGUGUGCUUUAACUUGCUGUUACUAUCUUGAAAUUCUGUGCUGUGGCGGCUUUUAGACUGGCUGUCUUAUUGUGCCAAGACGUUUUCUCGGCAAGAGUCUGCUUCGUCAAGGGGUGAAGCGAGGAGGAGGAGGAGGAGGCUGUGAAACAAGAAGCUUUCAACAGGCGGGAAUUUUGUCUUCUUGCAGGGCUUGGGAGGGUUAGCUACGAAUUGCCAGGAAACAGAGCCAAUUUGAAAUCUGUUUGGGGGCAAAUUGCGUGCCAGUCGACUCCAGCUCACCAUGGACUUUGCUUGCAAGGGAGAGACGUAUCCCCCCCCCCCCCUUUUCUUAUUGACUUCAGGUUUUGGAAGCAAAUGCAGAAAAGGAAAGGGGGGAAAUAAAGAAAGUUGUUAACCUGAGCAACUGAAACUGAUCAGUCACCUGGGUGAAGGCUGACUUUUAAAUCUCCCUUUUCCUGUCUCCUGCCAGAUGCCUUUAGAAAGAUUGUUCCUGUUUUUAUUUAAUGUACUAAAUCUCUCCCCCCCCAAAAAAAAGUUCAAGCAAUACUCUUAUUUCAGUGGUAAAUGUACACAGAUUGAGGCUUGGUGCCUGAAUAUGAUGUUCCUUUGUGGCACAGGAGGCUGAAGGGGGAGCUUUCCGCUAGCUGGGUCCCCUUCCCCACUAUCUUAUCUUAAAGCAAAGGACCACCUGAAAAGACGCACUGAAGACUGGUUGUGUCCAACUAAGGUCACAUCCAUGCCAUACAUUUAAAACCCAUAAAAAUCAUGGGAACUGUAAGGUACCCCUCCCAGAGCUACAGUUCUUAGCACCCUUAACAAACUAGAGUUUCCGGGAUUCUUUGGUGGAAAACCAAAGAAUUUCAGAGGCAUGUUUUGGAUAUGACCUCAGUUUAAUGAGACUACAAAUGGACUCAAGUCAGACAUGCCCAUUAAUUUCAGUGGAACUACUUGGAGUAUCCUUCCAUUUAGCUGAGAUUCCUGCAUUGCAAGGGGUUGGACUAGAUGACCCUUGGGAUCCCUUCCAACUCUACAAUUCCAAGGUUCUAUGAAUACAACUCAUUUUCAUCAGACUCAGGUGGCUGAAGUUUGCUUUGGUUCUACAGGUGUAUGUGUGAGAGAGGUUGCAAGGGAGGACCGAGUUAUAUAUAAUUGAAUGAAAACGUAUAUGUAGCUUGUGUUGGUGCAGGGAGAGCCAACCCCCAACACUUUCCACAUCUGAAAGCAAAAAUAAUAAUCUGUGUUCUUCCAGCACGACCUGUUUUCACCUUUUUUAAAAAUGGCAUUUUGAAGGCCCUUCAGAUAGGACUUAUAUCAGGAAUGGGAGGUGCCUUGUGGCCCGCUUGCUGUUGCUGGACCUCAACUCUGACCAUUUGGUCCUGAUGGCUGAGGCUCAAGGGCAACAGGUGGAGGGCCACAGUUCACAGAAUCAUAGAAUCUUCUAAUUGUAGAGUUGGAAGGGACCCCAAGGGUCAUCUAGCCCAACCCCCUGCAAUGCAGGAAUCUCAACUAAAGCAUCCAUGACAGAUGGCCCUCUGUCUCCCACCCUUAAGUCAGCUCAGGUGAAGCCAACUUAAAGCAGCCUUGCAAAUCAGUCCACAGACCUUCCUAGUAGAGCUGUCACUUGGAGAAAUGUUGGUCAGUUAACAGCAUGACCUCUUUACUCGUUUUAUUUUGAUGUUGAUUUAUUAGUUUAUAUGCUGCUUAAUGCCAAAAUGAGCUUCUGCCUGGUUUCAAACUAUAUAAUUUGCAUAGGAAUUAAACAGUUGCUAGCUCUUUUCUUAGUUUUAGACUUUGAAGCCUAGAGGCUGCACACAUGUCACUCCAGGCACCAUCUCAGAAGCGGCUUUCCCUUCUGUGUGAGAAAGGAGGAGGGAUGCCUCUUCUGAUAGGUAUACACAUAUGCCUGCAUUGAUAAUUUAUGGCAUCUGUGACCUGAAAGGACCUGGCAUUUAUGACCUGAAAGCACCAUAACAUCCAUGCCAGCUUGCCUGGAGGCUAUUAUGACUUGGGAUGCUGGUGACAAGGAAAACAGCUACGUGUAAGCUAGAGGAGAAGUGUCCAGUGGAAGCAGCAGACAUAAAUUAGACCUCUAAUUUCUGAUAUUAUGCUUUUGAGGUAUGUGGCUUUGCUGUGGAGCUUUAUCACACCACACUCCAACAUACUGAAAUCCAGGGAUACAUAAUAAAAGUUAACACCUCUGUGCCUCUUGCCUUUUAUUUUUAUCGUUACCAUGCUAAUGAACUUCUGUUUCAAAGCUGCCUUUUUUAUUGUAACACAUGGAAAGGUUCUUUCCUGUACUGGCAGUGUGUAUACACACACACACACACACACAAACACCCCCCCCACCCACCCACAAUGGGGAAUUCAGUUAUUCAAGUGCUAUUCCUUAUGUAGCUAAAUCAGAAUUUAAAAUAAAUAGAUAAAUUAUAAGGGAACUGGAAUUGAAGGGUUGGAAAUCCAAACAGGAACAGCUUGCACGACAACAUUUUGUUGAAGUUCCUGUGUGCACCUAACCAAUUAAGAUCAUACAAGUACAAGAGUUAAGGGGCAACUAGAUGUAACUGUAGCAGGCCAAUGUGACAGGAGCAGGUUGCCAUUGCUGUACUCUAAAAAGGUGGAGAAACACCUGUAGGCAUACAAUGGGAAGCUAGAGAAUCUUUUCCCCACUUAUGCUCUCCCCCCAAAAAAGAAGCUUCUUCCAUUUCCUCCCAGCUGAACCUGGAAGAACCUCUACCAGGAGAACAAAACAGCUGAUAAUUGAAGCAUCCUCUUCCCACCAGCUUAUCCUGUGAUUUUUAAACCCUCCCACCAAUGGCUUUAUAGGAAAUUGGCACAACUCACUCUCUGGCCCAUGACAUUAAGUAGGCCCCUUAAUAUACACGGGCAGUAUAAUAUUAACAGCGGGGUGGAAUUCAACUGUGGGGGACAAUUUCAAAUGCAAGAUUCAGCAAGUCAGCUCUUGAAUAUAUCUGAAUUAUAAGUGUAAAAAAAAAAGUUGCGGCUUUUAUGAGCAGUUGCUACAUUUUAAAAUGAAAUGAAUGUAUUACAGUGUUACCAAUCAUGAGGCAAACAGGCCCCCUUUGCUCCACUUUGUUUUGGUUAAAGCAAAGGGAUGUGCUAUUUUGGCAUGCACAGCUAGUAAUAUAGGUGCUGUACCCACUUUGUUGGGAGUAAGACCCAUGGAACCUAAUGGGCUUUAUUUCUGAGUGGACUGGUAUUGGUUUGCACUGUGAAUUGUAUAGAAAUUACUUGGCAUGUAGAACCAUUAACCUGCUCUGAGAUCCAGGUACUACUGAGGAAUGUUCUCAUGUGGCCUGUGCUGUUCUCUCCCCGUGCCCUUCCUUAGAGUCAGCCCUCUAUUUCAAGGUGGCCUCAGGCACACAGGAGGGAACUUAACUGUGUUUAUUUCCACCUUUAAUCAGCCCAGACCUGAUGGCUUUCCUGUGUAUCCACUUGAGACAAAUCCACAAGGUUGGAAAUAUCUAACUGAGGCACUUGACAAGCUGUGGCCAUUCGUCUUUGAUGCUGAACCCUUACCAAGGUGCUUACCCUGAUUCCAACCUGCUCCAAGGGAGUGGAGUGUGGGCUCUGGCCUGAGUGCUUAGGGGCAGGGGUGAAUAACCUGGUGUCAGAUGUUGCUAAACUACAUCACCCAGCAUCCCUAAUCGUUGGCCAUGCUGGCUGGUACUGAUGGACGAUGGAGUCCCAGCAACUUGUAGAAAGUCACAGUGUCCACAUGUUGUUGCUGGGAGGAGAAUGAGAGCUUGGCAGCAAGCAGGCCACAUGGCAACACUGGCUCUUAAGCCUGCUACUAAGCCCUUGUUAUCUCUGCUGCCCCAUUGUCUCUGGACUCCUGUGGAGUAAACACAAAGAUGCAAGGUUGUUUGCAGAAGAUUCACCUAGGGAUGGGAAAGAGCAGGGAGUUCAGCACCCUGUAAACAAGGGUGUUUUUUUGCUCCCUUGCUGUUCUCAGCCUGGUCUCCUAUUACAUUGGCCUCUGGUGGUGAAGAAGGGAAGGUGGGGGGAAGGGUAGGAAAUCUGCCCAAGGUGAACAUUGCUGAGUUGUAUCUGAAAAGCGCAGCGUUUAAUUGUGGGAGGAGAGAUCACAGGAUGGGAUCAUGCAGGGCGUCCAUUUUGGUGCUGGCUUAGGUUACAGUACAAGUACCAUACUCCCCUUUGCGCAGCAUUUAUUUCAGGAUGCUUCAGAAAUGGCUCUCCUAACAGAAACCACCAGCAAGAGAAUAAUGUAAGUGCAGCUUGUUCACUUUUGGCCUAAGGGGAGGAAGGGAAGCAGCUGUUGUGAGGAAGAGGGAAUUCUAUUCAAAUGGAAAAUGGAUCAGUUCUGUGGUGAGGGGAAGCCAUUCUAAUUUCAGUCUGAACAUUAUCUGAAAUUACUGCUGCUGAUGACAAAACAGUUGCUUCCUCCUCUCAAGGUGCCUGCAUUAGCUCCUGGGCUGUGGCUUGGGCAGGAGAGAAUAGUUUAAUAACGGGAUCAAAGGACAGAGUGGAAAGUUGGAUACCUAGAACCAUGGAAGAGUUCUCUGGCUGCUCACUUAAAAGUACCAUUGACUUCCACUUCAAGAGAAAGGUGGAGAUAAGCUAGCAGACAGAAUAUGUGGUGAGAAGUGAGGAAGUGGGGGUGAAAUAGCUUCUUCAUUUGGGUUUGCAUCUCCCCACUUGAAUUUUUCUAUGCCGUUAUCUCUGAGUUUUGCCAAGAUAUUGUUAUGAGUGGGGGUGUCUGCAUUGCUGACAUGCCAAGCCAUUUGAAGAGCCACAUCACCUACCUCCUGUCAUUGCAAUGCCCACAUAGCGUGGAGGGAUAGAGCGGGGAUGGCCAGAGUGGUGCCUGCAGGAGAGCCCAGAGGUCUUCUCUGGUGCCCACAGGGUCUUUCCUUCUCCCAAGUUAGGCUUGAAAGAAGCACUCUGUGGGAUUGGCUAAUAGUCUAUUGGCCAAUAGACUAGGCUGCAGUGUGUGCUUGGUUACAAUGUAUGUCUGCAGAGAUGCCUUCCCACCCCCCAAAUAACACACACACUUGUUUAGCCAGUUUGUCAGAAUUAAGCAACCACUUGUGGGCGACUAACUGUGACCAGGGUCAAUGACAAGGUGGUUAAACUAACAACAUGAGGCAGAAGUUAAUUUGGAGCUGGGAUUUUUGGCUGUCCUUAAGCUUCUUUAGCAAACGGAACACAGGACUGCGGCCUACACAUGCGGCCUACAAGAUGAGCCCAGGUAGGCUGACGGGACUUUUGCUUCAUCUGAUGCAGCGUAGGUAGGGCUAGGGAGCACAGGUCACUACUUGUAGCUCACUGGGACGUUUGGGACUGUGUGGCAGAAUUUCUGCCUCUACUUAGCCUCUGAGGUUUGGCAGGUCACCAAGUCCCUUGUUGGCUUCCCACCUGUGGCAUCCACCGCCACACUCAGGAUUUCAACUUCUGGCAUGUUCCCGUGGACAGUUGGAAAGGCAACAUGGUACUCCAAAAGCUAAAUCCUGUCCUUGGUGAUGGCUGCACUUACAGGUACCCAUAUGUUUUGCCCUGUGAUGCACAUUGGGGGCAAUGGUUUGUUCUUAACCAGGAAAAUGGCACAGAAACCUAAGCCCUCUCUUCCCUGGCAGCACAGUUAACAUCCUUCCCCUAUUCCAGCUACAAUCACAACACAAGAGAUCCUGCUCACAGAUCUCUAUUUGCAACAAUAUCUCCUUUAUUUUCUUUAAGAAAUACUGAAUCCCUAGAAGGGGGAGGGAAUAACAAUAAUCAUACCUGUAAUAUGGGCGAAUAUAGCAAAAUGCUAAAAUAGUGCAUUGCAAACACCUUGGUACUGGUUGUUGUGGUUAUUUCUUUGUUUAGAAGCCUGGAUAGUCUGCGAUACUUGCACCUUCCAGAAUUAAUAUAGGACAGGCUAAAUCUAUACCAUUGAUUUGGACCAAUUGCUUUGAGCAAGCUGAGCCUCUCUCUGUUUACAAAAAUCACUUAGAGAGGCCACUUAGCCACACAGAUGCUUGCAUGCAGCACUGCAUGCCAAAUCACAGCAGCUCUCUAAUAAUGAAGGAAAAUCAAAUCACCAUGUGUUGUAAACUGAUAGGUGGUGUUGGUUUAGACUCGACUCAGUGCAGUGUUAACCAUUAACAGAGGCAGAAGAUGUUGGUAGCAUGCACACAUUAAACUAUUAUUUCAUUGUGCUGCUUCCAGACUAUAUUGGAGGCAAAAUAGGGGAGCUGCAAAGGUUAACAUACUGUACCGAAAUAAUCACAAAUAUAUUUAUCCCUCAAGAGCUUAGUUGUGUGAUCCUAAAAUACUUUGGACAGACACUGCUUUCAUUAAUAGAUUUCAUGACCUACAAGUUGACGCACACACCAAUUUAUUAAGAUCAUUAUUCUGGGUCUAAAGGGGAAAGUAUUUUAAGAUUUUUAAUUUCAAGGUGAAUCUUAUGAAACAGCACUUGAUUCAAGACCAAAUCAAACUGUUUUGAAAUAAUAUACCAAACUACCUUUGGGCCAUCACUGUGUUGCUCCUGCCUAGUACAGCAAUUAUUUCCCUGCAUCUGCAUUGUGGGACUCCUCCACUGGGGACUGAGUAGACUGUAAGUUACUAGAAAGUUGGUAAUCCAGGAUAGGUGGUAUGGAUUAAUGGAUAGAAAGCCGGCCUUGGACUCUGUCUAGGGUCACAUUAGAAAGCUUGGGGCUAAGCCAGGAAUAGAUUGAACUAGAUCACUGGUGGGAUUCAUUCCAACUCUACGAAAGGUCACCCUGUCUGCCUUGUGCUGUUGUGAAUGAUGACCAUACGUUAGCUAGACUUUCCAAAGAACAGCAAUGCUGUCUCUGAAGGCAGUGUUAAGUCUGGUUUAAAGUUGUUCAGAGCAACAGUCUAGCAAUUAGGGGAGCUAUAUUUGAUAGGUCAAAAUACCCAUUUUUGAAAUUUAUGAUUGACAAAGAAGGUGCCCUGAUUUCACUGAAUAGGAGGAGCAACAUGUUGUUAUAGAUGACCAAGUAUUGUUUGAGGACAAGCUGUUGUUGAAUUGGUUUUUACCAGGUGUUGCUGUACUUUAAAAGAGCAAGAUUGUUUCAUUUUUUUAAAUAACUGUACAAAAUAACUUUUUGCAGCAUGCCACAAAUAUAAUUACACACUUUAGAGGUCCUGCUCAAAAGUAAAGAGAUGUCCCUCUUUACUUGUAUGCCAUUAAAGACUUUUAUCAGUUGACACAUGCUUGGUGAAUCAUGAUAUUCAUAACACAUUUGAUUGGUGCAGUUAUUAUUGUAAUAUGGUUGUUUUGUGCUAUUAUAUACUUGUAUUUUAUUGAUAUGGUGCAAUAUAUUGUUAUUGUUUAUAUCUGUAUAUCUCUCCAGAAGACUCUAAAGUCAUUAUAUGGCACUAAUUAUAUAUAUAUAUAUAUAUAUAUAUAUAUAUAUAUAUAUAUAUAUUAGUACCUUUAUUUUUGGCAUAGAAACUUGUGGCCUUUUUGGGGGAGGGGAAGCCAAAUGUUUAUAGUAUGGUGUACCUCCACCACAGGGUCUAGACCCUGACAAGCUUUUACACUCUCUCUUGUUUGGAAAUGCAGGUAGCACUUCUGUCCUAGCUAGGGCCCCAUCUGAACUAUACAUUGAAAGCAGUAUCAUGCCACUUGAAACAGUCACACCGGAUGUUCUGCUUCCGAAAAUCGCUUGAAAACUGGAACACUCACUUCCGGUUUUCAAUCAUUUGGGAGCCGAAACGUAUGAGUUCCAAGAUGUUUGGCAACCAAGGUACGACUGUAGAUUGUUAAGGGUGCUGAGAGUUGAUGGAAGACCCCUAUUCCCCUCACAGAGCUUCCCUCUUUCCAGGGUACUCUGGAAAUGGUAGCUCUAUGAGGGAAAUCGGGGUCUCCUAACAACUCGCUGCACCCUUAACAAACUACACACCCCAGGAUAUUUUUUGGGGAGAGGGGGAGCCAUAACUGUUAAACUGAUGUGAUACUGCUUUAAAUAUAUAGUGGAGACGGGGCCUGCCUUGUAUCUGGACUUGGGGGCCCUGCCUUGAGUCCUUCAGUGAAACAACUGUUCAUCGCCUGGCUUCAGUUUUUACAAGGUGAACUGAAGUGGCUGCAGUGAGCUUUGUUAUGUUGGUUUCUUCAACGUAUGUUUUAUGGCAGGAAUGUGGAACCUGUGGCCAGAUGUUGGACUCAAACUCCCAUCACCCUGGUGGCUGGGCUGAUGGGAGUCAGUAUUCUAGCAGCAUCUGGAGAACUGCAGGUUCCCCAUCCCUGUUUAUGGUAUUUGUAAUGUGAGCUGCUUGUGUAUUGCCCUAUCCUUGGCGUGUGUCUCUUCAUCCCCAUUGUCAAUCUUGUCUGUUACAUUUGACUCCUGAUAGGCCAUCCAGAGAAAACUGCAAGAGCUGAGGGACGCAUUCCCUUUCCCACCAAGAGAUCUCUCUCUAUGCUACCUCCCUGUUCAAUAUAGAGGUGUUGCUUUUUAGCUGACAAUCGGGGAGGCCAUUAUCUCGUUGGAAAGUCACUUGUGGCAAUUUGAUGCUCAGGACCUGAGCUCAAAAUUAAUUAACUCUCAAAGCAAGGCAAGGUGUCAUUUCUUCCUUUGCACUUGAAGAACUCAAUUUUGGGAAAGGUAUGGUGGGGAAAGCCUCAGGCAAAUGAUUUAGUAUGGAUUGCAGAGUUAAUACUAAUAUAGAUUAUACAAUAUUAAUUACCUAUGCUUUGUUGGGAUUGCUUUGGUUUUCAGAAUAAAAAAAGACCAAACACACACACACACACACACACACACACACACACACACUUAUUUUGCUACUGUAUUCCGUUUUCAACAUUUCACAGCUGUUUGGAUAAUAUAGAAGGAACCAUUCUGUAGCCAUUCUUAAUGUCUUUGAACAUGUGUCUCUUAGGUGCAGAAGAUGUGCACCUCCAGGAGGAUACUGCUGCUUGCCCUCACCUUCCUGGCCUACACAGUGGAUUCUGUUUCUGCAUAUGGUGCUCCUGAAACCCUCUGUGGGGGAGAGCUGGUGGACACACUGCAGUUUGUCUGUGGAGACCGAGGUUUUUACUUCAGUAAGUAUAUUCUUUAUGCACGGCCUUUGUUGAUGUUAUUUUUAUGUGGUGUAUUUCAAGUUUUGAAAACAUAUGCAUGAAAUACCAUCUCAAAAGAAGCCCUAUAAGGUAGGCCAGUGCUAUCUUCCUAUUACUGGGCAAUGUGACACGAACGAACCUGUAUUCAUCAUAUGUAAGCUACAAGUCUUUCCCUUAUAACUGGUGUGUGUGUGUGAAUAAAACGUAAAAGUUGAAAUCCUUUGCCCACUGACCUGGGACUAAGCCUCAUUAAAGUUGGUGGGACUUACUUUUGAAUAGACAUGUGCAGGACUGUGCUAUUAGUUCUCCAGCUCUCCUGCACUCAUUUUCCUCUUACAGCUCAUGGGUCUGUAAAAGGCCCUUCCUUCCCUUGUUUGCUGAAGACCUAUGUGUCCUGAGGGAAGGCAGAAGCGAGGGAGAUCAAGCCAGGGAGCACACAGACAAUGGGCUCCUGGUGGAACUGAGAGUCACCACUGGUGGACUUUGGGGUCUCAAAUUCACACACUUUGCGCUUCUCACCUUCCAUUCGGCAUCAUAAUGGUGGCACCCUUGAGGCUCUGUGCCCAGUGCAACUGAACCGGUUGAGCUCCCUUAAAUCUGUCUCUGGAGUCACUCUACAUUUUACAUCAUAUAUUUUUUAGUGUUUUAAAGUUGUAAAUGCCCUUAGAUGUCUUUUCAGGAAGGUGGUAUAUAAAUCCAAUAAAAUAAAUAAGAAACGAGAAGCAAUUCCAUCCCUGCCCAUUGUUUACCCCUGGCAGUGCUGUCGGUGGUGAUGCCCUGCUUAAUUGAGCCUUAUUGCUUUGCUGUUGACUGGAGAGGCAGAAGUUCUGUGAGACAUGAAGUCUAAUCCCAUGGAUGCUGCAGCUAAACUGCUUAACCUAAAAUGGGACUGGGGGUUAUCUGAGAUUAGAUCCCUGUACCAUUUUGAGUCAGAGCUGUAUUUGAGCAAAAGCACAGCUUACCUGGUUUCAGAAGAGUUUUGCCUUGAAUUCGGCCAAAGUUGAACUCUUUACCCUGCAAAGAGUGCCCACUACCACCAGAAACUUACAUUGAUGGGUAGCCACAUACAAUCCAAUAAUAUCAAUACCAUCCCUGAAACAGUACUUUUGAAACCAUCACCUAAUUUCCCAAUGAGAAGUCUUUAGCGAGCAAGGAGUUUUCUUGCCCAAGGACAAGUCCCUCCAGCACACAAGAUGAUGGGGUCUGUGCAAGUGUUCCUUCAGUAUAGGUUGGUUUGUCUCUCAGAGCACCAAUGUGUUGAGCUGCUUAUGUCAUUCACCCUUGCAACCACCACGUGAGAUCAUUUGUGAUUGAUGAGAAACUGGCCACUGUAAAGCAUUUUGUUUCUUAGUCACACAGAGGAUUAAAAAAAUGUGUUGCUAUGUGGGAAUCCGGUUGCAUUGCAUUCUUCUGCACCUCUAUGCUUUUGUGGCAUUCUUGUAUUCAUGGUGCACUGGGAAUGAUGAAAAUGAUAUUGGAAACAAUGAGGGUGCCCCCCCCAUGGUAUAUCGGUACAUCAGUCUGUGCAUAGAGCCCUUUUCACGCACUGGCCACUCUUAGCCCACAUGGCUUCAUUAUAUAUCUGUGUGUGCGUGUGCGCAUUGCAUUGCAUUUUAGAAGUGCAUGGAUUGGAGCUAGUGGUUGACAUUUUAAAAGAUCAAUGACUGAGCUCAAAGCUUGCCUACAAGCCCACCCACUUUGAUUGGGACACCUUGCCUUUUAAGCCUAGAUGUGAUGUUGCUUUCUGGUUGCAAAUCAGUGAGGGACACAUGCUCAGCAUUCUCCAGUUGCUUCAUAUGUUCCCAAGACGGAACUAUUGGAACUGAAUCUGGGUUCCAGGACAUGGAUCCCUGACUUAAUAACUGGGUAUAAUUCAUUCUAGAGUUAUCAUCAUAGAAAUGACAAGCUUUUUUGGCAAGGUGGGGGGAGGUGGUCAAGGAUACAGAAAAUUACAGAGUGCUCGUCAGUGAGGUCCAAAUGUUCUGCUGCGGUAGGAGAACAGAGGGUAACUUGAAGCACUUCAGCACAGAAAGACCUGCCUGUGUUUGCUGCCAUAAGCUAGACAGGAAGCAUAGUAUCGACCAGAGUCUGUAUAGUAAGAAUGCUGCGCAGCUCAUUGUCCUGUCUGGCAUCAAAAGAUGUCCUUCCCCUACUUCCCAUGUUGUAGUAGGUGGUCUGAAGUCUCCUCUGAAAACAUUUUUAGAAGGGAAGUUGCUUUUUAGGCUCUUUAAUCUACCACUAUGUCCGAAGGCCCCAAAGGUCAGGAGCCCAGCUGAGGCAAUUCAUCAUAGUCCUAUUGAAGUCAGGCUUGCACUGAGUCCUAAGAGAGUUUGGCUCUCAGAUGUUUUAAGUACCAUUUCUUUCUUAGUGGGGGUGGGGAUGCUGGUGGCGGCGCUGGAGAGAGGGGCUAGAGAGCUAAAAAUACUCUCUGGGUAGGGCUAGGAAGCAGAUACUCCACAAGAAGCCUAAUUAGUAUUUGUUUUGCACAAUGUUUGCAAAACUAGUCACUUAAACUGCUGCAAAAAUGUAUGAAGGGAGAUGCUGCAGACGGAACAGCUCUUGUUGCUUCCAUAUACCAACAUCAACCAUAGACACAAAAUCCAGAACACUGAUCAGCAUUUAAGGAGUUCUUGUAUGUAUGUAUGUAUGUAUGUAUGUUUGAUUAUAUCCCACCUUUCCCAGAUAAGUAGCCUAGUGUGGCGUGUGGAACAGUGGCUGGUACUUGGAAUAAACAUUUUAGCUCUGAGGGGAUUCCUCUCGACUCCCACCCAAAAAAUUAAAUCCCUCUCAGAAAUUGGUAAGAGAGACCUGAAUCUUCCUUCAUGGACUAGGACAGAAGAGGCAUCUGAUUUCUGUAAACAACAGCUCCUGUUUCUUCCUUUCCAACAGCUGAUAAGAAUUUAGCUCUUUCCAGCCACUUAUGCUGACAAAGCACAUUCUCUCUCUCUCUCUCUCUCUCUCUCUCUCUCUCUCUCUCUCUGCAUCCUGCAGAAUAAUACUAGGAAAAAUAGGGAGGGGGGAGAGAAGCUAUUUUGGGGGAGGGGUUUGGAACAAUGGCUGCUGCUGCCCAGCCAUCUGACAAAGGACCACUUGUUGGUGCCCACAUUCCUUUGACAGGGGAAGAGAGGAUUGUUUACACCCAAAGUCUUCUUCCGCUUGACUUGGUGCUUGAUUGAUCAGCCAGAAGUGGUGGUUAGGGGGCGUGCGAGGAAAGCGGGCACAGGUUUUGCUGGAUCUUACAAUUACUCGGAAGUGUGGCACAUAAGUCCCUAUAUGCAGGCACAUACACAAGACACUUCUUCCUUGGUACGCACAUGUGCAUUUGCAAUACAAUCCCAAACAACAUUGCAAACACAACAUAGGCUAGUUGCAAUUCCUGUUGGGGGGGGGAGUGGGGGCAAACGAAAACCCCAAGAAGGCAAGGGGGACUCUGAUUCUUCAGCAAAUUAGUGUCUAGCCACUGUGUCCGUGUCUGUCGCCUGCUGCUGUGUGGGUGCAGGAUGCAAAGGCUGUAUGUGCUGUUGAAUGUGACCUCCUGGGUCUUUUCCUGAGAGGAAGCUCAAAAGACUGCAUGACAGUGAAUGGACCAAAGGGGCCCAAAUAUAGCUUACUGCUGAAAGUCAGCCAGCUUGAGCCUGAGUGAUCUCUGGCUGGGGGACCUCCUUCUGUAUGGGGCCCCAGUAACACCUCUCCAAUAAGAAAAGCAGCCUUCAUAAUGAAGGUGAGUCAACUGAAAGGAGAAGGGACAAUUUAAAGGAAGACAGCCACCUACUCUCUGAUGCGAGCUGGCAGGGUGGGUUAGUGCCUAAGCUGUGGAGCAGAAACUGCCGAGGGUCAGAUCUCAUUUUGGCAGCAAGGCAGCUUUAAAGGAGGAGUUCUCUCAGCCUCAAGCAGUCAGCAAUGUGGGGGUGACAAUGCUGGCCUGCCUUACAGGGCAGCUGUGAGGAUGGAUGGACUGGUGCAAGUGUGCUUUGGACAUCUGAGAGUUGUAUAUAUGAUUGCCCAAGUACUUUUAUUACUGUGUGCUCGUGUUAUAGACUUGCUUUGUUUCAUCUUCUCUAGUUAGCAGCAAAAUCUCAGUUGUCUGCAUGUGACCCUUGCAUCACAGACUAAGCUGUUGGGAAACUCACCGCCUGACAGUGUGUAUACAUGACUGCAUUCUGGAAUGAAUGCUCAAACUAACCAGUGCUAUUUGUUUUUUCCCCACUAGAAGUGCAUUGCUUUCAUUCAUGGUGUGCAGAAAUAGUUUUGAUAUAGAAUAUCCUUGCUCGCUCCCCCCCACCUUUUAUUGGGGUGGGGGUGGGAGUCUUGCAUUGAAUGGAAGGAUAUACUGAAUUUUGGACAGUCAAAUCCCUGUCCAAUUAUUUAACAGGAUAAUUGGAUAAUGUGACCUAUCCUAGGAAAUAUUUGGCAGUAACCAUGAAAGAGAAAAUAGCAGAUGACAGAUAUAGAAAAGUUAAUUCAUUUCAGGCCAGGAAGACAGAAACAAACACCCGUAAUAGAAAGCAUACUGGAAUUUCUCAUGAAAUGCCAUGAUGCACAUUAUAUUUUGAGCUGCAGAACAGUGGACACAGAAUUGAGCAUGAGUCAGGACAGCAAAGAGACACUUAACUCUAGCAUGUUGAUGCAACGUACUGUACAUUAAAAUGAAAGGAUCUUGUUUCCUGGAAUGCUGAAAGUUGCGUAUCCAUUAGCAGCCAAAAUUCCAGCAAGGUCAUUUUCCCUUGCUGUGUUUCAAAUCACAUUGGCACAUCGUCUACACAUCAGUAUGGUGGAAUGUGUUUCCAAAUCACCUGCUCUCUGUCCACAUGAAUGAGCAGAGAAUGGGCACGAAUGUCUUCCAUUGGCUUCUGUUUUCAAAUCCAAUUGAAGCUGGCUUGGAGGAAAACACAUCAAAAUGCAGUAUUUCUCAAGAAAUUACAGGACAGAUGUGGCUGGUGGCUGGUGUCAUAUGUGCACAGCUUCACAAACCAGCAGAGUGAGCGCACUGGCUGCAGAGUUAAAGGGAAUGUGUACACAGAGACAAGCACAGAAAGGGUUUUUUUCCUCAGGACUAUCUCACCCAUGAGGCAAGGUGACGCCACUGCCUCAGACGGCAGAAUCCACAGGGGCAGGAGAUCCUGAUGUAGAUCUUUACUCACUCCUUCUUUCUUAGUAGGGAGGGGGCAUUUUGUGCUUCACCUCAGGGGCAAAAAUGCCUUGGGCUAGCCCUGAGGCUCCUACAGUUAAUAGUUGGGUAGAAGAAGAAAUUUCACUCUUCUGUGCAACUGUUAAAGCUUCAGGAGUCUGGCCACUCUGAUAUUUGGCUACUGUUGUUGCUAUUAUUGUUGUUGUCGUCGUCAUCUUUAUCUCUGGCAGGCAGCAAAAAGAGGUUCAGUGAGUUCUUGAUGAGCAGCCAUUGCAGAGUUGAAGUUUCAGCUUCCCACACUUUUAUGGCAUGCCAAUACUUUGCUAUAAAAUGUGGGAUUGUCUGUAACAUUAUUUUGUACACUGCUCUGGCCCUGAUGGCCUUAGGCUACAAAGUGGUUCAUAAAUAAAUAUUUUUGUGAACUACUUGGGUGAGGCCAGUCUUAAAGAACAACAACAACAAAAGAUUAGCACCCUGGUCCCCUUUCCCUCCCUUUCUGUGUUAACUAACCAAGGGCACAACACGCACCCCAUGCUGAUGACUGGGGAGAAGGGGCAGGAUGGUGUGUGUAUAGCUACCUCUCUGCCAGCCUCUGUCAGUGGAGAGGAGUGCUACCAAUGGAGGGGGAUGUCUCUGUGGCAGAGUCCACAGCUUUGCCCAGCUUGAUGCGAAGCUACUACUGGGGGUUCUCAGUAGAAAGUGCCAGAAUGGGAUGACUGGAGGAAGAACACCAGUGGCUUUUGAACUGCUGUGUCCAAAGCCCUGCAGAUCUUGCAGAUCCUGCUCCCUAAGCCCCAUAGCCAUGCCAGCUUGAACCUGGUGUAACAAAAACAAACACCAACCAUUUACACCUUCUGCCUUGGCUGGCAUGAACUGCCAGAUCUUUGGAUGUAGUGGUGGAUUUGCUGCUGUCUUUUCAAGGUUAGGGUUGCUUUUUAAAAAUGUGCCAUGUGCAAAUAAAUAAAUGCUUUUAAUUUGUUUUCUAACUUUAAGGUGGCAUUUCUGCUAUUACAGGUAGGCCUGUGGGCAGAAACAGAGGAAGGCUCAACCGUGGCAUAGUAGAGGAGUGCUGUUUCCGGAGCUGCGAUCUUAACCUUUUGGAAACUUACUGCGCAAAAUCUGUCAAAUCGGAGCGUGAUCUCUCGUCAUCUUCUCUUGUAGCCUUACCAGCACUGAACAAGGUAAGUGGAGAUUCUAUCUGAGUAACAGGAGGCAUUUUAGCAUUGGACAACCAGGAACCCGUAUCUUUAGCAUCUGCUGCUUUUGCAGUUACAGCAAAACAGUUUUAUCUCUGCGUGAGGUGCAGAUAAUGUCUUACACACAAGCAGAUCGAGAAAUUGCUGGGGGUGGGAAAGAAAAGCAAUAUCAAGCAAAUGUGUGUAUCAUUGUUCCUACUUUAUAUACACCAUAAAGAUAGCAGGGCCUUUUUUCUAAAUAUGCACAGGAUUUUUACUGUCAUUGAGCACUUGUUGAUAGGUUAUGGGAGAAAUGCUACUGAGCAGCCUUCCGAAUGUGGAGUUCUCCUGUUCAGGGUGCCAAUGUGUCAGCCACUCACGCUCUCUUCCAAAGGUUGCCAGGUCUUUUUGGCCCAGUGGGUACCAAUCAAAUAGUACAGUCAUACCUUGGUUGCUGAACAAUGUGGAACUUGUACGUUUCAGCUCCCAAACGAUCAAAAACCGGAAGUGAGUGCUCGGUUUUCGAACGAUUUUCGGAAGCUGAGCAUCUGGUGUAGCUUCCAUUUGGCUGCAGGACGCUCCUGCAUCCAAUCGGAAGCUGUGCCUUGGUUUUUAAACAGUUCCGGGAGUUGGAGGGACCCGCGGAACGCAUUCUGUUUGAGAACCAAGGUACGACUGUAGCUGCUAUUGAGUGGGGUGACAUUUUAUGGUGAAUUCAAACUGUGGAUAUCUCUAUUUCAUUGUUGCAGCAUACUGAUGUUCCACUUCCAUUUCUCCCCCUCUUGCUUUCCUUUAAGGAUCCCUUUCAAAAGCCCUCUCAUGCCAGGUACUCAAAAUACGACAUAUGGCAGAAGAAAAGUUCACAGCGCCUUCAGAGAGGGAUUCCCAACAUCCACCGGGCCCGCCGGUAUCGAUGGCAAACUGAAGGACUGCAAGAGUCUGAAGAGUCAAAGAUCCAUCGCCCCUUGAUUGUCCUGCCUACCCAGAAGCCUCUUGUUGUGCAAACCACCACCUCAGAAACAUUGGGCAGCCAGAAGUGAACUGUGAUGAACAAUUUCCAAAAUGGACUCUUUAUUUUUUAUUUCCUAGGCCUGGCCUCACCCUUUUCUCUCUCCCAAACCAAGGUGGAGGGGUGAGGGCAGAUGCCCUUUCACACCAAGGAGUAACCACAAGGGGCACCAUUAACACCAAACAACUGACAUAGAAAGAGAAACAGGAUUACAUCGUUGGCGGUGGCAGCAACAACAUUUCUGUGGCAUUGUCUUUUAAGUAUUUUUUGUCUGCUGGUUCUUGUUCCUUUCCUACCCAGUAUUCUCAGCCUUUACUUAAAAGGGACAGUUAAGGCACUUGAACUAUUUAAUAUUGGGCCACUGCCUGUCAAUUUACCAACCAAUGAAGACAGAGAAAGAGAAAACAAUGAUAUUGAAAGAAGCCCAGUUUAUGUCUGUAUUGACAAUAAAAGUGAAUUUGGGGUGGGGGGUUGGAGUGGAAUAUCUGAAGGUUUAAAAUUUUGGCCUCAUUUUCACCCCACUAGUUUUUUUCCUUUGGAAAUCACAAGUCUACAGUAUGUGUUUGAGACUUCUUCUUCAUUUUUUUCCAUGUUUUAAAAGCCAGAGAAGAAAUGAUGAGGCCCACUACCUUUUUUUAAAUUACACAAUUCCAAAUGUACUUGCACCUUUAAAAAUCACCGAUGAAGUGAGAGUGUGUGAACGUUAAGUUCACUUUAAUGGAGGAGGCGUCUGCAUUGCACAUUUGCCACAGAUUUAGUUGAAUUAUAUAAGAUAUAUAUUAUAUAUAACUUUUUUUGGCAGAAAAAGCACUAUUUUUAAUGGGACCAUUUUUGUGUGUGUGUGUGUGUGUGUAUGUGUGUAUGUAGUAACUGAAGAGGGAUUGUAAUGUUUAAAUGUUGUUAUGGUGCUAAUGUAAGUUGGAAAAGGGGAAAACGAACCCAGAAAAUUAGAAGAGGGUGGGGUGGGAAGGACAAGAUCUCGAAUACUGAACUUGAAAUUUUUUAGCUUUUCGUUUUAGGAAAGUGUGAUAAGUGUGUUCUUUUUUUUUUUCUCUUCUGAAAUAUAGCUUGGUCAUGACCAUAUGAGCUAAUUGCCUUUCACUCAUAUACACAAAAUGCAUGCACAUGCAGAAACACAAUAAUACAUCUAUAUGCAUUUUAGAUCAAAAUAUUUUUUCCUUCACUCAUUCCCUGAUACCCAGAGCAUGCCAAGUGCAAAGGCAUAUGCAUGUGCUUUGUGAGUUACCUGAUUCUGUUCCAUGGAAGCAAUCAUUGUACAUAGAGUACUCAUUUUUGGCUUUUGCAGCCUGAGAGUCACCAUCCUCCUACCAAGGUGUUUUAAAUCAAUUUUCUGGUCACCUCUGCCAUCUUCUCUCUGAUGCAAUGCCAUUUUUCUGGAAAGCGACUCUUCGCAUCUAUCAGGUUUGGCAAGAACGUAGAUUUGUUGUUGCCCAAUCGAGCCUUAUUAGGAGAAAUGGCUCAAAACAAUUGACCAUCUCCUUAUCUUGCUUCUGCUUCUGCUUCCUUCUUCCCUGUCGAAAGGGGAAGGUGCAAUUCUUCUGAAGGCUCUCUUGCGCCAUCCCAUAAUGACAGCAAUAACAACCACUUAAAGCACCAAGUUUCCCCUUUCCCUGCUAGAGUGAGGGAGAAGUUUUGGGGGGAGGGGGUUAGUACAAAAACUCCAGAGGAAAAGGAGGUAACUUAACAAAUUUGAAGGAAAGGUUGUUCUUCACUGCCUCAUAGGACCUGAGGGACAGGAGAGAGUUGAUGCAUCAAGGACUGGAACUUUUAAAACCCAAUUAUCUGCUCAAAACUCAAGGCUUAAUUGGAGAGGUAUGAAGAAGGUGGUAUAAAAAAAUAAUAAUCAAAUGUUCUAUAGUCAAUCACUUGGCUUAUCUAGAACCAUAAAAGCAAUGCCACAUAUAUAAAUUGCAUAGAAAAAGGGGAACAUCUUAUCAGUGCUGUACCUGCUUUGCCUUAUAUCUAUAUAUCUACAUUUAAAGAACAUAAAGAUUACUUGAAUUUUUUUUGAAGAGAGGGUAAGGGUUUUUUUUUUAAAAAAAUGUUAUCAGUUUUUAAAUUGUUGCAAUCUUGAGCCAUGAAACAUUUGGGGAAUUUUUUUGUUUUCCAUGGCCCUGCACACCACAAAAAUAUGCUCCUUAAUCAUUUACAAAGGAGCGGGGAAAUACACAGCUCAGAUGAAAAUGUUUUGGGGUUGGGUGGGGUGAAGUGGGGAAAACAAAAGAGGUUGUUUUUUUUAAAAAAAAGUUUCCAACACAGAAGCUUUCAUAGAAGCUCUUUACCAAAAGUCCCCCUUUGAUUUUUGUUUUUUUAAGGUGACAAGUAAAAUAGUCGCUCAAAGAUGAUCAAGCUGCCUUUAUAGCUUUCUAUAUAUGCUUUGGUAGAGGGAACAGGGAUGAUCUUUUUUUUUUGAGAGUGAGGAAAGAGCAAAGGGAAUUUUAUAUAUAGUCUGGGCUGAGUUCUUAACAAAGCAAGCCCAGAUAUUGCAAAGCAGUUAAGUACCUGCAUGCUUUGAGCUUACGGCAUAUUAGUCCAAGUCAGUGGAAUGUCCACAAAAUUAAUACAUGCUCAAGUGCUUGUCAACUUGUGGGUGGGAGGUGAGGAGUCUCAACAGACAACACUGAGUGAAGGGGCACAUGUAAAUGUUUCGUGAAGGAAAGUGUAUGUUUAUAAAUUGGCUUUGGAACACUUGCGUCUUGCAGGCUGGUUCACUGCCCCCCUCACAGUUGAUUUCUUCCCCCUCCACCAUGUGUAAUCAUUUACCUUAGUACCUGGUAAAGUUAAGCGUUUUUAUCAUACCUUGCCAAAACUUUUCAAAAAGCAAAGCAAAUGUAAAUUCAGGGCCCAAUCAGUCAACAUGUUAGGCCCAAAUUCCAGGAUAAUAAAUCCCAGGAAGUUUAGAAUCUUGGUAUACUCUAGAGAGGCAUAUUUUUUGAGUGAGUUCCCACAUUGAUUUCUUUGAAUUGGAUCCAAGCCUAAACUGUGCACAGGAAGUAGAGCUGCGUAUUAUAUGGACAAGACUUUCCCCGAACAUGAUCAAAACUUAUAUAGCAUCUUGGCUGUUGGGCUUUCUUUUUCCAGGCUUGCAUGCACUCUCUUUAAUGCUUCACUCCUAUGUGUGCAUACUUUGGUUCCUUCCGAGUAAACAUACAUAGGCCUUGGUCUGCCUGCUUUAUACAAAAAUAGUGGCAAUGCAACCAAAGGAAAUGUGUUCACGUACUGGGAUAGUUGAGUACACCCUACGGAACACUCAACUGGUUGUUCGAAUCACCCAGGUGCCUUGGGAACUACUAAACUUACAACACUGUUCAACAACCUGCUGACCCAAGAGACCUACAGAAUCUGUACUAAGGCAUGUAAUGUUUGAAUGAGUGGUUGAUGGGUAUUGAUGUCUUCAAGCCUUCUGUUGCAGUGAGCAAAAGUGUAACUGAUUUUGUGAGGUUGCUCUUCCACUACAAGUGUAAUCGUGGAAAUGGACCCCUGCUGAAGAGCAACCAAAUCAAGGAUGGCUAUUUUUUUCAUAGUAGAAGCCUGUCUGAGCACAACCCGCUAGGAGUUAGAUGUAAAAAUACCUUUAUCGGUGUAACACAACUGAUUCUUGGGGCAUUUGUCGUUUACAAACUAGUGUUUUGUUCUGGGGUGGUUUUUUUUGGGGGGGGAGGGUUAAAAAUGGACACACAACCAUUGCUGAAACACAUACUGGUCUGUUUUCUUCCAACCUCUGGUGCAAAGCCACAACGCUUGAGGGAGGGAGUCUGGUUCCCCCAACUGGUUCCACAGUCUUACUGGCCCAUAAAGAGCUUCAUCCAUUUCAUCCUGCCUGUUUGCAAAGGCUCAGACUUUUGGUGAUGGACCUAGCUGCCUCUGCACUAAAUGAAGGGAAGAAUUGUAUUUGUUGUUUUUUUUAAAAAAGAAAAUUGUUCUUGUUUUUUUGUCAUAUGUAUUAUUGUCUGCUCAAGUUUUAUAUGGCGGGGAGGGAGUGGGGAAGGGGGGGUAUGGGUGUUGAUGUAUCUUGAAAUAUUUCACUUGUGUGCACUCAAUAUGCAAGAGUCAAACUGCCCGGAUUAUGCACCUAUUGUACUUUUCAUUCGUAAUACAGUAUCAAUAAAGCAAUCGGCUACAAUGUU